AUGCGGGAGUUGCUGGAGUUCCUCAAGCGCUUCGAUCGGGCGCAGCAUGAGAACACCGCGAGGGAGCUCAAGGCGAAGAAGCAGCGCGAGAAGAAGGAGCGAAUAGAGGCGAAGAAGAAGAUGAUGGCGGCAAAGAAGAACGCGGCCUUGGGGAAUGCCCACCACGCAGAGAAGGCCAACUUGGUGGACAACGUGUACGGCAAGAUGAAGCAGAGGGGAGCGGAGGACGUCUUGGGAGACAUCGCCAAGCAGGACCGCAGGAUCAACCGAGCAAGACAAAGCAUUACCCCAGCGGAGGGUGUCACGAAACACCCCAGAGGCUCAUCGAAGCACCGCAUGAAGGAGCUCACGGAGGUGGGCGAGGUGGUCGCGGACGGCGACGAGGAGCUCCUGAAGGUGGCCAAUAUGGCCAAGUCCGUCAGCAACAGCGGCGGCGGCGGCGGCGGCAGCAGGGGCGGCGGCGGCGGCGGCGGAUCCAUCGCGGACGGCAAGCCCAAGAAGGACAGGAGGACGACCAUGCUCGGGCGCUUCCGACGGCCUCGAGCGGCGGCCCCGCAGGAUGGAGGGGGGACGGGGGGGGAGAGCGGGGUGGAGACGAACGCCGCCCUGGCGAACUACAUCACCAGCAAGAAGGACAAGAAGGACAAGUCUGCCCGGAGAAGCGCUAAACCUUCAGGAUGAGCGGGGCACGUUGCUGCGUCUGGUGGUGGUGCUGGCGGAGCGCAGAGGUCUCGUUCCGCGUGCUUUUCGGAUGGAUACAGCUGCGCCCUCUCUCUCCUGUAUCUCCUCUCUCUCUCGGGCGCCUAAGCUGCAUUUCGCGGGGACGCAAUAGUGCCGGAGGCGAGCUGCUUAUGUACGACCGAGACGGUCGGUCGGCGGGACUGUCGGCGGGACUGUCGGCGGACUGUCGGCGGGGCUGUCACCCAUUUUACUCUCCUUUUUUGGCGUACUCAGUCGAUCCUGCGUCAUGGCGUGUGUAACGUCGGAAGGAAGGCGUUGCGCAGUCAGGUCAAAGGAGAUGGUGUCUGUUGAUUGAUCAACCUUCGGGGGAUGACAAUAUAGUUGGGAGAGAAAGAGGAUUCGAGCGCCUUGAUGGGAGAGAUGCCCGACAGCUUUUUCGAUGGUAGCGUUUCGCCGGUCGGUGUAGCGACAACGAUAACGAACCCCAGCGAUCGAUUGAAUGCUGGAGCGAAGAACAAGAAUUGCACGCGCGUGCAGCCUUCUUUCUAUGUUCUGAUGUCCGGACGAAAGCAACUGCUGUUGUGUUAAGCCACGCGGCGCUGAGAUUUACGCGUUCAUUUAUAAGUUACGGUAUCCACGAGACGGAGUGGGUGGGGCGGGAAUUAUUUAUUGUCGUUUUGCAAUCGAAUCUUGUGAUGUGGUAAGGCGGAGAAGACUUUCUCCAGGUGUUGGCCUCUCGCGGCAGGCAUGUCUUCGCCUCCAGUGCGUAUUCGGCUCGGUGGUGCUUGGGGUUACUUUUAGCACGCAAGCCGCCUGCUCUGUCGUAGAUGCCGGGUCUUGCUGCAGCGCAUGCAAGAGCGUGAAAGCGAGGGCUUGCAAUGUCAUAUUUCUUCCUUAAGUCAUCGGAAAUAGUAUCGAUUAACACGGUGUGAAGCUGUAGCUGGCAAGGGUUAGGUUUAGCCAAGGCGAGGGAUGGGCGUAACGUGCCCUUCUCAACAAUCCUAUCUGGCCUUGUAUGCUUAUUCUCGGACUUUGAGCGCUUUCUGAUUUUGGCAGGACUGGACCCGUGCGUCUUUCCUCGUCUGUUUGUUCUCGCGUGUUGACCACUACUAGGGUAGUUUGCUUUCAUGCUGCGCCAGAUCCGUUAUGUAGGCAUGAUGAGGGUAGCAGCAGCGGUUGUGACAUACAGGAGAUAUCGGGGAUGGGAGAUAGGGCUACAGUAGGUAGUAGUUUAGACACACACACAGUAGUGGUGUUGCCGCAUAUUGUGUUCGGGUAAAACAGGGCGGGGGUCGGACGGCGGGACCUCUCGUGUGGCUAGCGGGCUGGGGUGCUACUCUCUCUUGUUGAUGUUAGUUGAUGUUGAUGUAGAUGUCGUUGGUGAUGUCAUUUGUUGUUUAUUUUGUUGCAUGACUUCCCAGUGUCGUGCGCAUUGCUCGCCGUUGUUGCUGUGUAGGACCUGUGUGUGCGUUGCGGUUAGGCAACCGCCGCUACCUCCCUCGUUCAGCUUCGUCGAAUCGUGUUGUAAAAACGUCAAACACACGCCGUCUUGUUUCGUGCCUCGUUCUUACUAGUUUGCAUAU